CGCGGGCGGGGCGGGGCCGGGCGGGGCGAGCGCCGCAGCGGGACCAGUCGGCAGCUCCUGCAUCCCGGCCGCCAGCAUCCUCCGCACCGGGCCCGCACCCCCGCGGCCCCGGCCUCGGCGGGGCCAUGGCCGAGAUCACCAGCGUCCACCCCGGCUUCGAUGUGUCCCCCGUGGUGGCAGGACUCAUUGGAGCCACUGUGCUGGUGGUUUCUGUCUCAGUCACAGUCUUUGUGUGGACAUGCUGUCACCAGCAAGCAGAAAAGAAGCACAAAACCCCCCCCUACAAAUUCAUUCACAUGCUGAAAGGCAUCAGCAUCUACCCGGAGACCUUGAGCAACAAGAAGAAAAUCAACCGGAUCCGCAGAGACAAGAGCGGCCCGGCCAGGGAGGGGGGCAGCGGGGGGAACCUGCUGGUGGAUGCUGCUGAGGCUGGCUUGGUGGGCCCCAACAAGGCUCCAGAGGGACCCCCCCAGGUGGAGCAGCUCCCCAUCAAAGUCGAGUAUGGAGAUGAACUCAGCCCGGAUCAAAGCCUCACCCCGGGAGGGAGCAAAACCUCCUCUCCCUCCUCGCCGGGCGACGACGUCCUGCUGGGAGACCUGACUUUCUCAGUGGACUACAACUUCCCCAAAAAAGCCCUGGUGGUCACCAUCCAGGAGGCCCACGGGCUGCCCGUGAUGGAUGAGCACACCCAGAGCUCCGACCCUUACAUCAAGAUGACGAUUCUGCCCGACAAGAGGCACCGCGUCAAGACCCGCGUGCUGCGCAAGACGCUGGAGCCCGUGUUCGACGAGACCUUCACCUUCUACGGGAUCCCCUACAGCCACCUGCAGGACCUGGUGCUGCACUUCCUGGUGCUCAGCUUCGACCGCUUCUCCCGGGAUGAUGUGAUCGGGGAGGUGAUGGUGCCCCUGGCGGGGGUGGAUCCCAGCACUGGCAAGGUCCAGCUCACCAGGGAGAUCCUCAAAAGGAACAUACAGAAGUGCACCAGCAGAGGGGAGCUGCAGGUGUCCCUGUCCUACCAGCCCGUGGCACAGAGGAUGACUGUGGUGGUGCUGAAGGCCAGGCACUUGCCAAAGAUGGACAUCACUGGCCUCUCAGGUAACCCCUACGUCAAGGUGAACGUUUACUACGGCCGCAAGCGCAUCGCCAAGAAGAAGACUCACGUCAAGAAGUGCACGCUGAACCCCGUGUUCAACGAGUCCUUCAGCUACGAGCUGGCGGCCGAGCUGGUGCCCGAGGUCAGCGUGGAGUUCCUGGUGAUCUCCUUCGAGCGCACCACCAAGAGCCAGGCCGUGGGCCGGCUGGUGCUGGGCGCGCACAGCGCCACGGCCGCGGGCCGCCAGCACUGGCAGCGCGCCUGCGGCGGCGGCGGCGCGGCCGUGGCCGAGUGGCACAGCCUGAGCGAGUACUAGAGCGGGGAACGGGCGGGAGGGCCGCAGGGGGGGAACGGGGAAGGAGGGCUGGGAACAGAAUCCGCGUUCUCUUCAGCUCAUGGUUCUGCAGGGCGCUAAAAUUGGGGAAGGAGGGGUGGGAACAGAAUCCAAAUUCUCUUUAGGUCAUGUGGUUCUGCAGGGUGCUAAAAUUGGGGAAGGGUGGGAACAGAAUCCAAAUUCUCUUUAGUUCAUGUGGUUCUGCAGGGCGCUAAAAUCCUAAAAUUGGGGAGGGAAGGAUGGGAACAUAAUCCAAAUUCUCUUUAGGUCAUGGUUCUGCAGGGCGCUAAAAUUGGGGAAUUAAGGAUGGGAAAAGAAUCCAAAUUCUCUUUAGGUAAUGUGGUUCUGCAGGGCACUAAAAUUGGGGAGGGAAUGAUGGGAACAUAAUCCAAAUUCUCUUUAGGUCAUGUUCUGCAGGGCACUAAAACUGGGGAGGGAAGGAUGGGAAAUAAUCCAAAUUCUCUUUAGGUCAUGGUUCUGCAGGGCGCUAAAAUCCUAAAAUUGGGGAGGGAAUGAUGGGAACAUAAUCCAAAUUCUCUUUAGUUCAUGUUCUGCAGGGCACUAAAAUCCUAAAACUGGGGAGGGAAGGAUGGGAAAUAAUCCAAAUUCUCUUUAGCUCAUGUGGUUCUGCAGGGCACUAAAAUUGGGGAAUUAAGGAUGGGAAAAUAAUCCAAAUUCUCUUUAGUUCAUGUUCUGCAGGGCGCUAAAACUGGGGAGGGAAGGAUGGGAAAUAAUCCAAAUUCUCUUUAGUUCAUGUUCUGCAGGGCACUAAAAUUGAGGAAGGAAUGAUGGGAAAUAAUACAAAUUCUCUUUAGUUGAUGUGGUUUUUCAAGGCACUAAAAUCCUAAAAUUGGGGAAGGAAUGAUGGGAAACUAAUAAUAAAAAUUCUCUUUAGUUCAUGUUCUGCAGGGCACUGAAAUUGGGGAAGGAAUGAUGGGAAAAUAAUACAAAUUCUCUUUAGUUGAUGUGGUUUCUGCAGGGCACUAAAAUCCUAAAAAAUAGGGGAAUAUCUACAAAAAAUAAAACAAAAUGGGGAAUAAAUGAUAAAGAAAUAAUUUUAAAAAUAGGUUCUCUUUAGUUGAUGUGGUUUUUGCAGGGCCCUAAAAUCCUGAAAAAAUGGGGACUAAAUCAUAAAAAAAAAUCAUUUUCAAACAAAGUUCUCGUUAGUGGGUGUGGUUUGGCAAGGCACUAAAACCCUAAAAAAAACAAACAAAAAACAAAAAAAAAAAGGUGGGGAAUAAAGGCUAAGAAAGAAACUGAAAACCAAGGUUCUAUUGGUUGAUGUGGUUCUGCAGGGCACCAAAACCCUAAAAGAGGGAAAUCAAUGCUGAGAGAGCAAGAAGUGACCUAUACAUAGCAGUGUACUCACGCUAUUGCAUGCCUACUACAAACUGAGAUCAGUAUCAUGCCAACACCAGGUUUAAUCCCAUUUUCUGUCACUAUGGAGUUGUGUUUGUGCCGAGCUGUCUCUGCUGGUGUCCACCAGGACUGGCCUGGCCUCACCAGGCUUCUCCCAAAGUUUUGCAUUCUGCUGUUGAACCUCUCGUUUCUCGUCCCGAUUUUUUCUCGCCUGCCCAUCGGUUCCGUGCUGGUUUGGGAGGUCCCAGCCACGAUUCCAGCUGAAUUCUGCACUGGCACAAGAGGAAAAUGGCACUGGCCUCCAGAGAAGGAACAGUUCUGUGGCAGGCACUGAAAUCCUCGUCCUUGAGAUGGUCCUGGGGGAGCUGGGGGUCACAGCAGCCCAGGGGGGACCCGAGAAUCCAAACCCCAACCAGAUCCCAUUGCUUUGGGCACAGGGGGCAGGGAUGGGGGAAAUCCUGCUGGGCUUCACUGAUUCCAUCCUCAAUCUGCAUCUAAUCCUGCUGGGCUUCACUGAUUCCAUCCUCAAUCUGCAUCUAAUCCUGCUCAGAUUCAUCUGAUUCCAUCCUCAAUCUGCAUCUAAUCCUGCUCAGAUUCAUCUGAUUCCAUCCUCAAUCUGCAUCUAAUCCUGCUGGGUUUCACUAAUUCCAUCCUCUCUGCAUCUAAUCCUGCUCAGAUUCAUCUGAUUCCAUCUUUAAUCUGUAUUUAAUCCUGCUGGGUUUCACUUGAUUCCAUCCUCAAUCUGCAUCUAAUCCUGAUCAGAUUCAUCUGAUUCCAUCCUCAAUCUGCAUCUAAUCCUGCUCAGUUUUGUUUGAUUUCAUCCUCUCUGUGCAUUUAAUCCUGCUCAGUUUCAUUUUAUUUAAUCCUGCUCUGUUUAAUCUGAUUUAAUCCAGCUCAGUUUCAUUUGAUUCCAUCUUUAAUCUGCAUGUAAUUUUGCUCAGUUUGAUUUGAUUUCAUCCUCAAUCUGCAUUUAAUCCUGCUCAGUUUGAUUUGAUUUCAUCCUCUCUGCAUCUAAUCCUGCUUAGUUUCAUUUGAUUUCAUCCUCUCUGUGCAUUUAAUCCUGCACAGAUUCAUUUAAUUUCAUCCUCAAUCUGCAUCUAAUCCUGCCCAGAUUAAUUUGAUUCAAUCCAACUCAGUUUCAUUUGAUUCCAUCCUCAAUCUACAUUUAAUCCCGCUCAGCUUCAUUUGAUUUAAUCCUCUCUGCAUUUAAUCCUGCUCAGUUUGAUUUGAUUUCAUCCUGCUCAGUUUGAUCCCAUCCUCUCUUUUCUCCAAGAAACCCCAGACUCUGCUGUGCCCUGGAUUGCUGAGGAAACUUUCAAUCCUGACCCAGCAAACUCUGCUCAUUUCUGUCUGGUGGCAGCACAGAGCUGAGCCAGGCCAUGACAAGGUGACAAAUCCUCCCUUCAUCCCAGAAAUGAUGGCUCAGAAAUGAUCCUGCAGCCCCCAGACAGGGCAGAGCCAGGCCCAGAGCUGGAAUCCUGGAAUCCUGAAAUCCUGGCUGAUUCCAGAGCUGGAAUCCUGGAAUCCUGGCUGAUUCCAGAGCCAGGCCCAGAGCUGGAAUCCUGGAAUCCUGAAGUCCUGGCUGAUUCCAGAGCUGGAAUCCUGAAAUCCUGAAGUCCUGGCUGAUUCCAGAGCUGGAAUCCUGAAAUCCUGAAAUCCUGGCUGAUUCCAGAGCCUGGGAACCUCCUGAGGGGGAGCUGGCCCUGGCCAGAGGGCCCUGGGGCUGUUGGAGCCCUGCAGAGUUGAUAAAUUUGGCUGUGCUCCCUCAGCAUCCUGGAUUUGGCUGUUCUGCUCCCAGGGAAGCAGUGCUGGUGACUUGAGCAGAAAUAAUUUUAAUUUGUCAUUCCUGGGCUCUCCAAGAAGCAGAAUUGGGUUUGCAAAGAGGCUCCUCCUGCACAGCCCCAGGUUUGCAGGAAAGGAAAUUCAAAACUUUGCAAAUCUUUGGUUGAUCCCAGGCAGCUCUGAGCCCUCUGGGAUGCAAACAGGAAUGCAAAGAACAGACUAAUUAUUUUAAAAAUUAUCAUUUAACUACUUACAGGACUCAGCUGCUGCAUUUUGGAUCCCUGCUGGAAAAAUGAUCCUUUUCCCUUUCUGUGCCCUGAAAUGGGAAUGCCUGAGCCAGGCUCUGGCUCCCAGGGAGCAGCAGCACUUUGCCAUCUCUCCCAAGGCUUCAUUUCUAAAAAGUUGAUUUUUCUCCCUUGCUGAGCCUCUCUCCCAGGAGGAUUUUCCCCCUCCACCAUCCCCAGGACCAGGAUUUCUGCCUGAGGCUGUGGGAGAUUUUUUCAGUGUCCUAAACUCUUUUCUAGCUCUGUGGCUCAGAGUUCCCCUUUUUGGAAAAUCUCUUCCAAUCCUGAUUUUUUUUUUUUUUUUUUGCACUAAGCAAUUGUGUUGCUGCAAUUCCAGCAACUUUUCACCACUUUUCCUCAGAAAAUGCUUUUCCAACACCACCCCAAAAAUCUGACCAGGACUAAAAGCAGCAACAAAAUUCCCUUCUCCCUUUGGUGUGAAAAGCAUGACUAAGCCUAGAUGAUCUUAAAAUUCCUUUAGUUGAAAGGAAAAAAUGAAUUUCUUGUCAAGGAAACAUGCUCAGGGUAAAUAGACUUAGGCUGUCGGGCAGGUAGGAGUAGCUCCAACACUCUUCUGGAAUAAUAGGAAACUGAAAAUGUGCAGAUUUAUAUUUUUUAAAGCAUAAAAAUAGACAGUAAGUGACAGCAGACUCACUGUAAAAUCUCCCAGGUGUGGUUUAUUCUUUACCUUGUGUCUUCUAUUGUAAAAUGAACUUGGACAGUUACAACUUUGUGUGGAAAAUAAUAAAUAAUAAUAAUAAUAAUAAUCAAAGAAUAAAAGGCAAAAAAACCUAACUCAACCUGUGUGAAACUGCAUAAUGCUACAAGCUAACCUACAUUCUGUAAUGCUACCUUGUAUGUUGAAUUUGUUCAGGCACAUUGAGCGUGCAAAUAAAAAUGAAAAUCACUUUAA